GCUGUUUUACUCGCAGAGAGGAUCUCCCAAAUCAUGCUUUAAACGACAUGCAGUGAGCUUGUUGCCCAUAAAUCCACCAGAGGACUCUCGAUAUCUGUUAUCCCCCCACAAUUUUAUGCUGUAGGUCCUAUUUUCUUUUAGAAUCAGAAUGGCAAUUGCAGUCACAGCAGUUCAGUCGCGUCUAUGUGAAUGAAAAGGGGCGCCAGAAAACGUAGAUGUCUACUCUUCCUCUCAUUUGACUGGAUAAAGCUGUGCAGUGGAACGAGGAACUUGUGGAGGAUGGAGUGGCCAUGAAUAUUAACCAUGAAGCUGGAGCCAGACACACCCAUUGCUUCUUUCUGUCUAAAAAAGCCUCGCUGGUGCUACAUUGAACACAAACACCCUGAAUAUGCUAUCCAAGUGCGAGAAAGCCCAACGGACUGCUUAACACCCGCUGUUCCAUCUGAGUAGGAGGUGGCAACAAAAGACCAAAUGCCAUGGAUGUUUUCAAUUUGACCUACUGGAAUGCCUCUGAAGGCAAUGACACAGAAGCUGUGAAAAAGAGCGAAAGCGCCUACAAGACUGUGGAGGUGGUGUUCAUCGUGUUGGUGGCCGGUUCCCUCAGUUUGGUUACAGUUAUUGGAAAUAUCCUGGUCAUGCUUUCCAUCAAAGUUAAUCGGAACUUGCAGACUGUCAACAACUAUUUUUUAUUCAGCCUUGCAUGUGCUGACCUAAUUAUUGGACUGUGUUCUAUGAACUUGUACACAGUCUACAUAGUAAUCGGGUACUGGCCCCUGGGGCCGGUGGUGUGUGACCUGUGGUUAGCCUUGGACUAUGUUGUCAGCAAUGCAUCUGUCAUGAAUCUUCUCAUCAUAAGCUUUGACAGAUAUUUCUGUGUCACCAAGCCUCUCAGCUACCCUGUCAAAAGGACCACCAAGAUGGCAGGAAUGAUGAUUGCCGCAGCCUGGGUCCUCUCUUUCAUCCUCUGGGCACCAGCCAUUCUCUUCUGGCAGUUCAUUGUUGGUGGGCGGACAGUGCCUGAGAAGGAAUGCUACAUCCAGUUCUUCUCUAAUGCCGCAGUCACGUUUGGCACUGCCAUCGCCGCCUUUUACCUGCCUGUCAUCAUCAUGAUUCAGCUCUACUGGCAGAUCUCCAGAGCGAGCAAGAGCCGUGUGAAGAAGGAUAACCGCAAACCAUCAAGAGCCAAUCCAGAGCCCUUGUCGCCUGCCCAGACGAGGAACAACACACCAAAACCCAACAAUAACAACGUACCAGGGGAAGAGACAGGAUGUUCCCAGAGCCAGAAUGCUGAGGAUGGAGCUAACCAGCAUGAUGGAAAACUGCAAAAUGGGAAAGGACCUUCCUCAACCACUGCUGAGGGAGAAACCGAAGGUGACGACGUUGCAAAGGAGAACUGCACUCCUGGAGAAGAGAAGGAGAGCUCCAAUGAUUCAACAUCAGGCAGUGUGGCUGCGUCCAAUCAGAAGGACGAGGAGACUGCACCCACUGCCAUUAACUCCAGCGUGGAGACAAGCCAGCCACUCCCUCGUCAGCGAGCCAAGGCAGGAGGCUCCAAGCUAACCUGCAUCAAGAUCAAGACUAAAUCACCCAAGGGUGACUGCUACACACCGUCCAACGCCACCGUUGAGAUCGUCCCAGCCACAGAGCGGCAGAAUCACGUUGCACGGAAGAUUGUGAAGAUGACAAAGCAACCACCCAUUAAGAAGAAGAAAGCGGCGCCAUCACGGGAGAAAAAAGUUACUCGCACAAUAAUGGCCAUCCUGGUAGCUUUUGUAGCCACCUGGACUCCUUAUAAUGUGAUGGUGCUUAUUAACACCUUCUGCUCCAGCUGCAUCCCCAACACAGUGUGGACUAUUGGCUACUGGCUGUGCUACAUCAACAGUACCAUCAACCCCGCCUGCUACGCUCUGUGCAAUGUCACAUUUAAAAAGACAUUCAAACAUCUUCUCCUCUGCCAGUAUAAAAAUAGUAGGUCAGCCAGAUAAAUAUGGGCCACUUAGAAGAAAAAGCUGAAGUUUGAGUUGCCUGUGUGUGCCAUCCAUUGUGUGUGUGUAUGUGUGUGUGUGUGUGUGUGUGUGUGUGUGUGUGUGUGUGUGUGCGCGUAUGAAAGAUUAGUGAGAAUGAUAAAGAGUGCAAGAGUACAUUUGAAAUUACUUCAUUUCAUUUGAUCAUGUGUUUGUUAAAUUUCUCUCUCAAUAACCGGUUGUAGCACUUUACACAAAUUCAACUGAUGCCAGUUGCGUUGAGUUGUGUUGUGCAGAAGCAGCACAGAUGAGGAAGGUUGUGAAAAAUUCAGUUUUAUUCAGAGAUGUAAGCUCAAAAAAAUAAGGGUGUGUAAGGCAGGGAGCACUUGGGAGUGACACUGAGCUGAUAAAAAAUGAAACAAGAUCAAGAGCGGAGGAAGAUCUGCGCUGUACGAAAACACAAGAAAACUUCAAAAUGGGAAAAUAGGGCUGACUGAAUUUACAAACCUCAGAAGUUUGAAGUUCAGUGAAGAUUCCUGUAGAUAACUGUACAUAUCAGUGUAUACUCAAUAUUUGUGUGAGUGCACGUGGGUGUGUGCUGGCUCGGAGUAUGUGUGCACACCCAUGCGUACCCCUCUGCCUGCCUUCUUUCUAUCUGUCUGUGAUCCUCAUCAUGGCACUUCCAACCAGCAACAUGUAGAAUAAAGUGGGGCAGCCUGUGUAGAUUGCCAUAAACAUGGUCACAUCAGGGCUGGAAGCUAUCCUAUCUACCAAUGAGCCCCUGUGGGAAUGAGUUGCCAUUAAUACAUAAUAGAUAGAUAAAUAUAUUAACGCUGCACUUGUCAACUUGCCAGCUGGUGGCUGGAAAUAACUUCAAACUUAAAGGGUCGGUUCAGCCAAAUUACAAAAACAUUCUUACUUACCUCUACAGGUGGUGUUUCACCAUGCAGCUGGUUAGGUUGCUUAUAUUUGGCCAGGUAUUAAAAUAAAUGUAUCCAAAUUUUGGCCUUCACCCAACAAUAAUGAGUUAAACACAAUUUAGCAUAUGCUUAUAGCACUGGAAAAUGACAUUUAAAAUAUUCAACAGCAGCAUAUAUUCCUGGUUACACAGUAACUAACAAGUUUUUCAUUAGAACUACUCUCCAACAAGAUUAUUUUUUAUAAUUUCCAUGAACCAAGUCUUUACAGGAUGUUAACCCCUGUUGUAGCAUGAAAUAGAAAAAUAAGUAUCUAACAGAUGGAGACAACUACAGAUUUGGACCAAUUAGAUGAAUCUGUGAUCCUGCUAGAACCCCGACUCUGAUAUGUAACUAAAACACAAAUAAAAAUAAAGUGUGAGAAAAUUGAGAUCACUCGUGUCUGUAGAUAUAAAGCUGAAGCCAGAAUACAAUUAGCUUAAAGAGCAUGAACAGGCAGAACACCACUGAUAUAUCCAAUUUGUUUCAUGCAUACAAAAACCAAAGUACGAAAAUGUCAAGUUGUGGUUUGACAAGGUUUAUGUGAAGGACAAUUUUUUUUCUGCGGGGAAGUUUCCUGAAGUCUUGUCGUCACUUUGAGGAAGCCACUGCACCCGGCCAAGAAAUAGUCCCUCACAUAACCCCAGUAAAACCACAACUUGUCGUUUCACUAUUUAAUUUUUACAAAACAAAACAAGAAAAAUUUGUGGCAUGAGAUUGUUCAGUUGCACUCUUUGAUCCGCCCACCGUUUAUAUCACAUCAUGUCAGUUUUUACACAUCUGCUGACAGGAUGUCCGAUGUAUAUUUUAUUGUGGUUAUUAAGAUUUUUAUGUCUGCUGUGAAGUUCACUGCUACUGUAGGAACCUUCCUACUCUGUGAGUGAAUCAGGUGGAGCUCAGAGCUGUGCUUAUUACUGUCUGUGGGAAGGCAAUGUGUUGUGGGGUUUUUUGUUUCUUUUGCUGUGUGUGGAUGAGUGAGAGACGUCAUUUAAUCCUGUUGAUUAGUGGAUUGAUGUCACAGCAUGUACUGUACCACAUUGUACUGAUGAUGAUUGUGAAGGCCUGGUUGGGUGUGUGUCUGCGUGUGUGUGUGUGUGUGUGUGUGUGUGUGUGUGUGUGUGUGUGUGUGUGUGUGUGUGUG